AUGCUUCCACUGUUAUCAAUUAAGUCUAAACUAGGUUUGGGCUUGCUUUUGUCGUAUACUUCAUAUGAGGUUUAUAUACAAGUAAGAACCCAAUACAUUAUCAAAGCACGAAAAGAAGAGUUUAAGAAUUUAGAAAAUGGAACUGAUAUUGACAUAUCUAAAUUUAGAUCGACUUCUGUUGCAGGAAUGUUUGUCAACCCAUUUGAGGAGUAUCGUCCCCAGACAGCAUUUGAAUUUAUUUUAGUGAGGAUUAUGCAACUUUUUGAAAGUGUUUAUGGUAAUACGAUUGAACUUCAUAAAAAACUACCAAAGCCACAUGAUGGUGCCGUUGAAGUGGAAGACAUUUUAAAAGUAUUCAAACCCGAUUUGGACAGAUUUAGAAAGAACUCAGAGGUUUUGAAAAAGUGCAUAGAAAACAAUAAUUUUCUGCAAUUGAAAGUAAAGCCAAGCUGGUUUAAUUCGAUCCCGUUGCAUCAGCAAUUACUUUUCACCUGGUUGGGUCAAUCUUGCACUUUGUUCCAAAUUCUGGGUGUUAACUUUUUAACUGACCCUAUAAUCAGCGAGCACUUGAUUACUCCAUCUAUAGGCCCUAAAAGAUUAACUUGCUCACCAAUGGAUUUGGACCAGAUUAAAUUUGCAACUAAUGACAACUUGAAUUUUGUUUUGGUGUCGCAUGAUCACCCAGACCAUUUGGAAUUAGACUUAGCUGGUAAAAUCAAGAAUACAACAACUUGGAUUGUGCCCCUUGGGUUGAAGUCAAAAUUGGCUCGUAAAGGUAUAUAUAAAGUUAUUGAGAUGGACUGGUGGGAUACAAUAGACAUUACCAAUUAUAUCAGUGAUAAUUUACCUGAUAAGUAUGAAAUUGAGUGUGUUCCUUCUAUGCAUUGGUCUGGUAGAUAUGUGAUUGAUUCUAACCAAUCGUUGUGGUGCUCUUAUGUGAUUAAACGUAACGGAGAAUCAUUAGUGUAUCAUGCUGGUGACACUGGUUACCUGAAGGAACUUUUUGAUGUUAUAGGUAAACGAUGCGGUCCAAUAAAGUUGGCAUUACUACCAAUCGGCCAAUAUUGUCCUAGCUGGCAUCAGAAACCUCGCCACAUUUCACCAGAAGAGGCUUUACGUAUUUGCUUGCAGGUACAGGCAUCGUUCAUGAAAGGUAUUCACUGGGGAACUUUCAAGUUGAGUGGAGAGCCUAUUUUAGAACCAAAGAAUUUAUUAACUGAGUUAGCCCAAAAGAUUGGAAAGGCUGAAACUUAUAGAGUUCCAGAGUUUGGCUUAACCUAUCUUUUUGAUUUGCAAAACAAUACUGAGACAGAGAUUCAUAUUUAG